CCCCGACGUCACCGGGACCGGAUCGGCCACGAACGGGAUCGCAGCCAUGGAGGGCGACAGCCUCAGUCCCCCCGAGUUCGCCCACCUGCAGCGCUACAUGGAGUACAGCAGCCGGCGUGUGCAGGACGUGCUGCAGGAUUUCUCCUCCCGGGGUGAGUUUUUGGAUCUCGAGGGGUUCCGUCUUUUCCUCCGCGCGUACCUGGAGGUCGAAGAUGUCCCCGAGGAGCUGUGCCAUCAGCUCUUCGCUUCGUUCCGCGGCGCUGACGGCGAGCCCGCCCUGGUCUGCGUUGCCGAUGUCUCCUGUUCCCUCUCGCUGCUGGAGCGCGGCCGCCCCGAGGACAAACUGGAGUUCGCCUUCAAACUGUACGACAAGGACGGGAAUGGGGUCCUGGACAGUGCGGAGGUGGAGCGCAUCGUGGCUCAGAUGCUGCGGGUGGCUCAGUACCUGGACUGGGACGUCACUGAGCUGCGGCCGAUCCUGCAGGAGUUGAUGCGGGAGGUGGACGCGGACGGCAGCGGAACAGUGUCUCUGUCGGAGUGGCUGCGCGGGGGGAGCACCGCAGUGCCGCUGCUGGUGCUGCUGGGGCUGGAGACGCACCUGAAGGAGGACGGACGGCACCUGUGGCGCCUCAAGCAGUUCAGCCGCCCCGCGUUCUGCAACGUCUGCCGCGGGCUGCUCGUGGGGCUGCGCAAGCAGGGGCUGCGCUGCACCCUGUGCAGGUUCACCGUCCACGAGCGCUGCGCCCGCCGCGCCCCCCCGAGCUGCAUCAGCACCUACGCCAAAUCCCGCCGGGAGGCCGCCGUCCAGGCGCACGUGUGGGUGUUGGGGGGCUGCGCCGCCGCCCGCUGCGCUCAGUGCCAGCGGAGGAUCCGGAGCUUCCAGAGCCUGACGGGGCUGCGCUGCGUCUGGUGCCACCUCAAGAUCCACGAGGAAUGCCAACCCCUCGUCCCCAGCGCCUGCGAUUGUGGGGUGCUGCGGGAUCACAUCCUGCCCCCCGCUUCCAUCUGCCCCGUCCUGCUGGAGAGGCAGGAGGACAGCCAGCGGGACGGCACCGAUGACACCCCACAGCUCUUCACCACCCCCGAGGGGCAAGCGCUGCGCAUCAGCCCUGUGCCCGACACCCACCCGCUCCUCGUCUUCGUCAACCCCAAAAGUGGGGGGAAGCAGGGCGAGAGGGUGCUGCGCAAGUUCCAGUAUCUGCUGAACCCCCGGCAGGUCUACAACCUGCAGCGGGGGGGGCCCGCAGCGGGGCUCAGUUUUUUCCGGGUGGUGCCGGAUUUUCGGAUCCUCGUUUGCGGUGGAGACGGCACAGUGGGAUGGGUGCUGGACGCCAUCGAGCCCCCCCUCCCCGCCGCCCCCCCCCUGGCUGUGCUGCCCCUGGGAACAGGGAAUGACCUGGGACGGUGCCUGCGCUGGGGGGGAGGGUACGCGGGACAGGAUUUGGUCCCGAUCCUGCGGGCGCUGGAGGAGGCGACGCCGGUGCUGUUGGAUCGGUGGCGGCUGGAGGUGCUGCCGGAGCACCCCGACACCGCGGGGGACCCCGUCCCCCAGGACAUCAUCAACAACUACUUCUCCGUCGGAGUGGACGCCUCCAUCGCCCACCGCUUCCACGUCAUGCGGGAGAAGCACCCCGAGAAGUUCAACAGCCGGAUGAAGAACAAGCUCUGGUACCUCGAGUUCGCCACCUCCGAGUCCCUCUUUGCCACCUGCAAGAAGCUCAAGGAGAGCCUCAGCGUGGAGUGCUGCGGGACCCCCCUGGAGCUGAGUGGGACUCUGGAGGGAUUGGCGGUCCUCAACAUCCCCAGCACCCACGGAGGCUCCAAUCUUUGGGGUGAGACCAAGCGGGUCCCCGGGGAACCCCCAAAGCUGACCGGAGCCAUCACCGACCCCGAGAUCCUCAAGACCUGCGUGCAGGAUGUGAGCGAUGGGCGCUUGGAGGUGGUGGGUCUGGAGGGGGUCCUGGAGAUGGGGCAGAUCUACACGGGGCUGAAGAGCGCGGGCAAGCGGUUGGCGACCUGCACCGAGAUCACCCUGCGGACGCUGAAGCCGCUGCCCAUGCAGGUGGAUGGGGAGCCCUGGAUGCAGCCGCCCUGCACGAUCCGGAUCACCCACAAGAAUCAGGUGCCGAUGCUGAUGGCUGCGCCCCCCCCCUCCUCCGGCUUCUUUGGCCUCAAGAAGGGCCCCCCCGAAAUCUGAGGGGGGGGGAGGAAAUUUGGGGGACCCCCCCCUCCCCCCGAGCUGCACCCGCACAGGGGACACCAACCGAACCCCCCCUCCCCGGGUGUCCCCGGCACCCAGGGGGG